AUGUUCCAAGCGUUAAACGCCAGGACGCCGAGAGAUCCGGAGUUGGAAGCCCAGGCGUUGGACUGGAUCGAGGCCAACCUGGGCGAGCCAGUGAGCAGGACUACCCCCUAUGAUGAUCUCUUGAGAGAUGGGAUUAUACUCUGCAAGUUAAUGAACAAACUGAUGCCAGGAUGCAUAAAAAAGAUCGACACAAAAGGAAGUGGAUUUGCCCUUAUGCAGAACAUUGAACGGUUUCAGAAUGCAGCCAAGCAGUGGGGGUUGCCCAUCAACGAGGUCUUCCAGACGGUGGAUCUCUGGGAGAAGAAGAAUAUCCCUCAAGUGACACUGUGCAUCCAUGCCUUAGCCAGAGUGGCUCAGACAAGACCAGAUUACACAGGGCCCGUUCUUGGCCCAAAGAUGGCGGAGAAACAUGAGCGACACUUCACCGAAGAGCAACUGGCAGAGGCAAAGAAUGCUGUCAGUCUGCAAUAUGGCACAAACAAGGGAGCUAACCAGUCUGGUAUUAACAUAGGCAAGUCGCGAUCCAUCCUAGAUUGA